UCAAUUGCCCGGCGACGUGGAGCGAAUAAAGGCCGUAGCCUAUUUCUGACUGGGGCUUAUUUUUAACAUUGGAGACUGCCUUUAGUCUCACUUGUCUGCACGGCAGGUUGAUAAUUUAUUUUCUAGUUUGCUUGUUGCUCGUUCCUUUCGGGUUUGUGUUGCGUUUCUUUUAUUUGCGCUGUAAUGACAGGUGUUCAAGGUAAAGAGCCUACAGGAUGACGCCUUUCUCUCUGAUCGCUCGACGCAAAAGGUGCAUUAGUGAGGUCUGUGUCUUUGUUUUCCAAUGGUUUAUACAGUAGACAUCAGGCGACUCUCACGAGAAACAAACCAGCGCGACACCUAGACCCGGGAUGAGGACGAUUCCCGUCAUGAAAUUCGUCAUUAUUAAUAGGCAUUAAUUAAUCCUCUGGGGAAGUUAAUUGGCUAAGGGGGUCAUUUUGUUAAAUUGUGUAAUGUGCACUUGUAGUUCGUAGUGAUUUUGCUAGCUGUCCAGGUUUAGUAGGCUUCAGACAGAUUAUCAGCGGAGGAGAAGAAGUGUCUGUCUGGCAGAUAAAGAUGGUGUUUCGGAGUGAGGAGAUGUGCUUGGCGCAAUUGUUUCUGCAGUCCGGCUCGGAAUAUGACUGCAUUAGUGAGCUCGGGGAGCUGGGGCUGGUCGAGUUCAGAGAUCUUAACCCUAGUGUCAGCUCAUUCCAGCGGCGCUUUGUCAGCGAAAUCAAGAGAUGUGAGGAGAUGGAGAGAAUUCUGGGCUUCCUUUUGAGGGAGAUCCAGAAGGCUAAAAUAGCUGUUCCAGAGGAGGAUGAAAGCCCACUUGCACCUCCACCCAGACAAAUGCUUGAGAUCAUGGAGCAGCUUCAGAGGCUGGAGAUGGAGCUCAGUGAGGUGGCAAAGAACAAAGAAAAGCUUCAGCGGAACCUCUUGGAGCUCACCGAAUACACACACAUGCUGAAGAUCACCCGGACCUUUAUACACAGCCGCUCCAGACAUGAGGCUCUUGGUCCCCAGUAUGAAGAGUUUCCCACUAUGGAGACAGACUCAGUCACAGGAAGCACUGGUAUGCAAAGACUUGGAGCCAAGCUUGGGUUUGUUUCAGGACUUAUCCAACGGGUGAAGGUGGAGGCUUUUGAACGCAUGUUGUGGAGAGUGUGCAAAGGUUACACAAUCCUCAGCUACUCCGAAGUGGAUGAGAGCCUUGCAGAUCUUGACACUGGUGAAAUUAGCAAAAGCGUUGUGUUUCUCAUCUCUUUCUGGGGAGACCAGAUUGGACAGAAAGUUCAAAAGAUUUGUGACUGUUACCACUGCCACCUUUAUCCACACCCUGAGAAUGAUGAGGAGCGAGCAGAUGUGUUGGACAGCUUAAGAACACGGAUCCAAGACCUUAACAAUGUGCUUCAUCGCACUGAGGAGUACUUGAGGCAGGUUCUGCAGAAGGCCUCAGAGUCGGCUUACACAUGGGUUGUGCAGGUGAAAAAGAUGAAGGCCAUCUAUCACAUCCUCAACCUCUGCAGCUUUGAUGUCACCAACAAGUGUCUGAUUGCUGAGGUGUGGUGUCCCGUCAGUGACUUAGCAAACCUGAGAGCAGCCCUGGAAGAGGGUUCGAGAAAAGGUGAUGCUACUGUACCAUCUUUUGUGAACCGCAUCCCAAGCACUGAUACUCCACCUACGCUUUUAAGAACCAACAAGUUCACUACUGGGUUUCAGAGCAUUGUGGAGGCUUAUGGGGUGGGGGACUAUCGCGAGGUAAGCCCAGCUCCCUACACCAUCAUCACAUUCCCCUUCCUGUUUGCUGUGAUGUUUGGUGACCUCGGCCACGGGAUGGUAAUGAGCCUCUUUGCUCUAUGGAUGGUGCUGACUGAGAAGAAGCAGAAGAAGAAACGUUCCAGUAAUGAGAUAUGGGUAACAUUUUUUAACGGGCGUUACAUCAUCCUGAUGAUGGGGCUUUUCUCUGUCUACACUGGACUCAUUUACAAUGACUGUUUCUCCAAGUCUUUGAAUAUAUUUGGCUCUGGAUGGAGCGUUAAGGCCAUGUUUACAAAUCAGCAGUGGACAAACAAAACACUCCAAACAAACACUUUGCUCACGUUGGAUCCGAACAUCAGCGGGGUUUUCAGUGGACCAUACCCAUUUGGCAUUGACCCUAUAUGGAACAUGGCAGUGAACCGCCUGUCCUUCCUUAAUUCAUACAAGAUGAAGAUGUCCGUUGUCAUUGGAGUCAUUCACAUGAGCUUUGGAGUGGUGCUGAGUGUUUUCAACCACUUGCACUUCAGACAGAAAUUUAACAUCUAUCUGCUAUUCCUCCCCGAGCUACUUUUCCUUCUCUGUCUCUUUGGCUACCUGGUCUUCAUGAUUCUCUAUAAGUGGUUGGCAUUCAGUGCCCGGGACUCCAGCCAGGCUCCCAGCAUCCUCAUUCACUUCAUCAACAUGUUUGUCAUGCAAGGGAAAGAUAUCACCCCUCUUUACCCAGGACAGACUGGGCUGCAAAUAUUCCUGCUUGUGGUAGCUCUGCUGUCUGUUCCCGUGCUGCUAUUAGGAAAACCUUUUUACUUGUAUUGGUUGUACCGUGGAGGGAAAGGCCUGCGCAGACGCAGAGGUUAUGAGAGAGUGAGACGUGUAAGUGAGGAUGACAAUUCUGUUACACCAUCAUUUGAAGAGGAUGAAGAAGAAGAACUUGAUGAAGCGACCAGCAGAGAAACUCUUCCCAAACAGUUUGACUUUGCAGAUGUGCUCCUGAACCAAGCCAUCCACACCAUAGAGUACUGUCUGGGCUGCAUUUCUAACACUGCAUCCUACCUGCGUCUCUGGGCACUCAGUUUGGCUCAUGCCCAGCUGUCAGAGGUGCUGUGGGCCAUGGUGAUGCGCAUAGGCUUCAGGAUCACCACAAAAGUCGGGGUAGUGUUUUUGGUCCCUGUGUUUGGCCUCUUUGCUACUCUCACCGUGUCCAUCCUAUUGAUCAUGGAAGGCUUAUCAGCGUUCCUUCAUGCUCUCCGACUUCAUUGGGUGGAGUUUCAGAACAAAUUCUACCACGGAACCGGUGUCAAAUUUGUGCCCUUCGACUUCUCCCUUCUGCCCUCUGUUUUUGAGCAGGAUGGAUUGCUUUAAACCCUCAGACAUAGUGGAUGUGAGUGAAAGCAGAGUUUAUAGCAGGGAAGGACCUUACAAGUUGGAACAAUUCACACUGUGACAACAAACCUUCAAGAUACUGAACUGAAAGUCAUUCUUGUAGCAACGUUUUUCACCUUGAUGGUUUUUAAAUGUUAUUGGCCGUAAUGACUGCCUUAUUACCGUACCCAGCAAACCUCUGAAGAUUGGGAGGUUCAAAGUUUUUCUUCUGUUAAUUAUUUCUUUCUGUGGAUGAGAUAUUGCUCAGUACUCCCUGUCACACUGGCUGGGGGAAGUUAAAAAUGUUGUUUGCAUUGUGCGGUGUAAACUGGUUUUCUAUUCUUUGCAACAUAGCAUUCAAACAGUUUACACAGUGCAAUACAAAGUCAAGUUAAAACCAUAUCGAGCAUCCUGAUGUAGUGCCAUAGACAUUUUGUUCUGCUGAUGAUAUGGGGAUGCCUUUAGGGGUUUUUUUUUCUUUUAUAACUUCAUGUGCAGAAGAAAAGUUGCGUCAAAAUUUAAACACAUAAUAAACAUUAUAACCCUUUUAUGAGGCAUAUUUUCACACAGCACUUUGCAGAAAUGAUUGUAAAAUUGAAAGUUUUCACUUAUGACUGUGAUGAUGCCAAAUUAAAAUGUUUGCUGUUUGCUUAUUUACUUAUUAAUGCAUUCAUUUAAAUGUAACCUCCCCUGUAAUCAAUAGAAAAAUAUAAUAUACUUUAAAAAAGGCCGUGAAGCCUUCAGUCUGUCUUUGAUUAAACCGCUUAUUGCAUUUGUUAAUGAUGAUAAUUGAUGUUAUUUAUUUAAAUUAUUGUCUGUACAAGAGUCUAAUAUUUUAUCUUUCUGAUGUGUUGAAUAAAGGUUUUGGG